CAGAGAGAAUAUGCCUGCCGGCACAUGCGCUGGAUAGCGUCCCACUGGUGUCGUGAGUACACUAUCACCCACAAGAGGUGUAAACCGAACGUAGCUCACUUUGAGCAGAAAGAUGUCGACUGUGGGGAGUGUAAGAGCAGGCAAAGGGGAGCAGUCCCAUGGGAACAUAUGAUUCGACGCGACAAGAGCCAGGUGUAUUGA